CUUUGAGGUGAGGACAAACAGCCAUGGCACCUCUGAGAACUCUAGCUUUUCUCGCUUUAAUCGCAGGUAUUUCGAGCAGUCAGACUUCAGACUGCUCGUACAUGAAUCUUCUGAGACACUUAAACCUGAUGAAAGAAAAUGAUGUUGUGGCAGCUAUGCGACCAGUGAGAAACUGGACAACACCCACCCUCGUUCAGAUGGAUAUGCUGCUGUAUGGAAUUUUAGAAGUAAAUGAAAAGUUUCAAACAGUCACGAGUCACAUCUGGAUCCAAAUGCGUUGGACAAAUGAAUUCCUAACUUGGAAUCCAUCAGACUUUUGUGGGAUAGAUUCGCUGACUGUUCCCAGAUCAUGGCUGUGGAUCCCAGAUGUAAACAUCGUGGAGGAUGCCUCUGAUACUGGGAGCAUUCUCAACAGUCCAACUAUAAGUUUGUCUUCCAGCGGUUCAAUGUUGGCAAGCGCACGUCAGCGGCUGACCUCCACCUGUCAGCUGAAUCUCAAGCUGUUCCCCUUUGAUAAGCAAAAUUGUACCAUCUCCUUUUUAUCCAUGAACUUUGACGUGAAAGCUAUAGUUUUAGGAACAGCCAGCAGUGAAACAACCCUUACUCAAAUCUCCGAGCAGAUCAUGGUUACACAGGGAGAAUGGCAACUCGAACACAUUGAUAUUACCACUGUUAAAAUGAGAAAAGGUGAAGACCAACUUGUAUACACGGUCACCAUCUCCAGGAAGCCGAUGCUUUAUUUGAUCAAUUUUAUCCUGCCAUUGUUUUUUUUUCUGGUCCUGGAUUUGGCCUCCUUCUUUAUCAAUGAGUCCACAGGUGAAAAACUGAGCUUCAAAGUGACUGUGCUCCUGUCCAUCUCCGUCCUGCUGCUGAUUUUGAAGGACAUGUUGCCCUCUACUGAAGACAAACUGCCAAUGAUCGCCACAUAUUGUGCCACAGUAUUUGCCCUGGUGGGGCUAAGCGUUCUGGAGGCCAUGCUGGUGAGCUUCCUAAACGACUUUGAUGGUAACUGCGGUAAGAAUCUUCAACGCUCUGUUGACACCCAAGUGGAUAUUCAGAUGGAAGUCAACUGUCACACAGAGCCUGCUGGAGCCGAAGAGAACCCAGAGAAAUGUAACCUUCCUCUGGAUCAGCCCAAUGGCCUUGAUGUGCUGAGACUAAUCCUGCAGGAAGUGAAGGCAGCUCGACAGGAAGCUGAAGGACAAGACAAAGACAAGAGAAAGCCUGGACGCUAUGCAAAAGUGGCUGAAAUCAUCAACUCUGUGUUUUUCACCUUCUAUUUUUUAACAGUUAUGGUUUUUUUGUUGUACAUGACUUUAGUGUGGUGUUUACAAGUAUGUUAAAAUGAGAAUGAUAAGAUGAUGUCUAAACUACCACCUAUGCAUGCUUGUUAAUUUCUGUUUUUAAAUAUCUUUAGAUUAUUGUUACUCUUGCAUGUAUGUAAAAUCAGGAUUUUACUGUUGUAGUUGGUUGAGGUCAGGUUCAUUUUGUACCACUAACUAACUGUUAUUUCCAUUUUGGAUUAAUCUGCAGAUUAUUUUCUCCAUUCAUCAACUGAUUUGUUUGUAUAACCUAAUUUAAAUUCUGAACUGUGUCCAUCUU